GUGUAGUAAGGGCUGUCAAAUAAUUUCCUGCUUAAAAGUUUAACGUUUGUGACGUGGAAUCAUGUACUUACGUAAAAACAGGUUUCAGUCAUCUGUUAAAUUUAGCAAUUACUUGAAUUUAAUAUUUCUACCAUCUGAAGUUAUUUAAUGGGAUAUUUUACGUAUGUAAAUAGUAUAAGCAGAGAAUGGGCAUCGUAUUACUUUAACGCUACAGCCUAUAGUACAGUUGACAUUUAUUAAAAACUGGAAAAGGCUUAAGACAAAGAUGACGCUAGUUAAGCCUAACUAGUAAUGUAAAAUUAUUCAAAAUAUAAAGGCUAACGAAAAUUUCGUCAAAAUUUUAGGUCGUUUUUUGCGAGUAGUAACUAGUAUUAUAAUAUAAGUAUUUGCAGUUAUAAUAAUAAUAAUGUAUUUCCCUAUUGGUUGGCCCAAAGAGUUAAAGUUUUCAUUAAAAUCUAACGUUAAACAUCGCAAUAUAGUGGGACAAAAUGCGGAAGAGGUAUCACUGCCAGAUGAAAAUGAUCCUAAAUUUGUCUGCUGUAAUAGAGACCGUUCACUCUUUGCCAUUUUAACGAAUGAUUCUGUAUCUAUUUGGUUCUGCAAGCCAUGUGUACAGAUCAUGUGCCACAGAUACAGCCAGCAAUCCAUUUCCACUUUAGGAACUAAUAUGUUUGCUGCUUGGAGGCCUGAUUCUAGUACUUUAGCAGUUGCAACUUCCAACAGCCACUUGGUGUUCUUUUAUUUAGAAAUGGAUGAGUACGUAAAGGGUUUAUAUGAACAGAAUGAUAGCAAGGUUUCAAGUUUAAAAAGAGAAAGUGCAGAAUUAUUUAUUAAGGAAACUAUUUUACCACUGGAGUUUAGCCAGAAUUUCUCUACUCAUCUCCCAGGAGGGAUUACAAGUCUUCUGUGUAUACGAGAAGAACUAAUGGCAACCACAACUUCAGGUUGGAUCUGGAGACUGAAAUGGGAUGGAACCAUAAAUAGAGAUUAUUGUGUUGAUCUUAGAAAUGUUCCUUUUGCUGUUGAUCAGCAGUUAUCUAGAGGUAUUACAUUAGGUGAAACUAAUGUUUAUGUCAAAGAUCUUGAAUACUCACCUUUGAUUGGAGGAUUUUCUGUUGUCCUGUCAGAUGGUAGAGCUGGGUGCUUGACUGCUCCAUCAUUUCAGUUUUACCCUGAGGAAAUCACAGGAAUAUGGGCUCAAGAGAUCAGGAAUGCAACUUGUACUGCAGUUAAUCAUAGAUAUAGAUUGAUAGCAUUUGGUUUAGAAAAUGGGGAAGGAGUUGUUUAUUGUCAAGAAGACUUAACAGGAGCUCUUCAUGUUAACCAUCGACUUGUACUUUCCAGUAGAGACUUCUCAGAUGUUGCUGGUGUAGCUGGAGCAGUGAGUUUGAUCCAGUGGUCACCAGAUGGAACUGCAGUUGCAAUGGCUUGGAAGAAAGGAGGCCUCUCAGUAUGGAGUGUGUUUGGAGCAUUAUUAAUGUGUUCCUUAGGAUGGGAUUAUGGGUCAGUAGAUGUAAUGAGAAAAACUCCUUUCAGAAUAAACUCUAUGGAGUGGGGAGCAGAGGGCUAUCACUUGUGGAUGAUCAUGAGCUCAGUUCAACCACAUAGCAAAGAACACUCUAUGAAGGAUAAACCUGAGGAAAAAACAAAAGUUGUUGUACUGCCUUUUGUCAAAAGUGCUCUGACAGUGAAUGCUGGCAUGACUGGUAGGGGGCAUGUUUUUCUACAAGGAGAAGACAGACUGCUCAUAAGUGCAGGAGCUGAUUUACUUCAUCACUCAGCAGAUAUCAAACCUAGUUCUUGUUUCUGGAGGAGAAAUGAUGGGCUCCCAAAUGAAGAAGAACUGCUUGGUCACCACAUGUCAUUUGAAACUCCACUGUGGGGUAGUAAACAGUGGGUUGUUGUUUCAAUAUCUUCCACUUACCUAGCAGCCAAUUGGCCAAUAAGGUAUUCUGCAAUAGAUUCGAGUGGAUGUAAUAUAGCAGUGGCUGGAAAGAUGGGAAUGGCACAUUAUUCACUAGACAGUAAGAAGUGGAAGUUGUUUGGAAAUGAAUCACAAGAACAGGAUUUUGUUGUGAUGGGAGGGUUACUGUGGUGGCACAAUCACAUUGUGUUAGGGUGUUUCAAUCUUAGAGAUACAAGAGAUGAGAUUAGGAUUUAUCCUCAGGGUACAAAGCUAGACAAUCAUUUUGUCCGGGUGGCUAAGGUACCCACACAAGUUCUACAGUUGUCAGCACUCGGAGAUCGUCUGCUAGCCUUUUUAGCAGACUCUCAUUUAACCAUGUAUCAGUUGAAGGAAAAAGAUGGUCCAACAACAAAAAAGAAGAUGAGCCAUUUCUCAGUAAGGAAGCCACAUUGUCUUGACAACAUGCUUCAUCACCUAGGCAAUAGUCUGCACAUUGCAAAGAUUGUAGAAGUUGAUUUGUCCAACCUUGUUGUUCAUCCAGCCUGUGUUGUAUCAGCAUUGCUCACCUCUCUCAGAACAGAAUCGGUUAUAUGGUCUGGAAAAAGUGGAGAAAAUGUGCUUCUCAAUAUAUGUGGGAGACUUCUCUUGUUACAACAAGAUCCUGCUCAGAAGACUGUUGACACCAUCAACAACAAUGAGGCAACACCUGUGUAUAGUGUACCAUUAGUUUUAGCAUCUUGUGUAGAAAAUGUGUGGGUCUCGCCACGCAAGAGUCUCCAUACUCCGCAUCUUACUGAGGCUUUAUGGAUUGCUUGUGGGGCUCAAGGAAUGAGAGUGUGGCUACCUUUGUUUCCUCAUGAUGAAGAAACCUCUCGUUCUCAUAACUUUAUGUCCAAAAGAAUUAUGUUACCUGUCCAAGUACAAAUAUAUCCUCUAGCUGUUCUGUUUGAAGAUGCUGUGGUAUUGGGAGCAGAAAAUGACACUGUACCAUAUAGUGCUCGCUAUACUAACGGUUUACCAUUGUGUGUGAUAUCUCGCUCAAGUCAAGUGUACCUUCAUCAUAUUCUCCGACAGUUACUCAGAAGAAAUUUAGGAUAUCAUGCCUGGGAAAUAGCCAGAAGGUGUUCCAAUCUUCCAUAUUUUCCUCAUACACAAGAGUUACUGCUCCACGAAGUACUUGAAGAAGAAGCUACUUCAUCAGAACCAAUUCCAGUAACUUCAGGUGAAGAACUGUUCAGGGUUAAAGAUAGGAUAGAGAAUGCUCAUUGGUCAUUUGUAGUUACAGGUCUUUCCAAAGAGCUAGUGAGAUUUCUUCGUGCAAUAGCACCAUCUGAUGUGGAAUCUCCUCCCAGAACAUCUCUGUCUAUAGUGCCAUCCACCAAAUAUAGUUUCCCCCAUCAUACACCCCCUGUAAGCCCAACAGCUGAAGAUUUAUCAUUAGUUCUGGGUACAUUACCAGUUGGGCGCUCUCGUGCUUACAGCAAUGUUUCAGCUUCAAAAAUGUCCCGAGCUCCAACUCAUGAAGCAGCCAGUGUUGGAUACCACAAAGAAUUUAGUCAAAGUCACAGUGAUCCACAACUUAUACCUCCAAAGAGGAUAAGUUCUAUAGCAAAAGACACUGGUUCAGCCGAGGACUUUUUUAUAGACACCAUUUUGAAUCGGCAUGCUCGGAAACUUUUGUUAGCUGGUCAUCUUUGUGAACUGGGAUAUCUUGCUGCUUAUCUAGACUUUCAGUUGAUUUCAUUUCUAAGGAAAGAAAGAUUAAGAGCAGCCAAGGUAGAAGAUUUUGUCACUUCACUCAAAUUGCUGCAUCAUGAAUUUCAGUGGCCUUUCCCCUUUAUUCAUUCCUCUUUACUCACAAACAACCUUAGGAAGAAUUCAGUUAACAGUGGACUCGAAGAAAAUCUGACACCCCUACCAACCAUGUAUCUCCCACAAUCUAAUACGGACAGCAUCCCUAGUCCAGACUGUAUUGAUGGUCCACCUUCUAAGCCAGAAUCUUUACUACCAGUUAGUUCUCAGGAUACUCCAGUCAGUUCUAGUGGCUGUGAUACAACUGGAUCACCUACUAUUGAAGCAGUGCUGCUUCCACAGUCUGCCAAAGACACAGAAAGUCUUCUAACACAAGAUACAUCUGAAAGUGGUUCUAUGUGGGGUGAAGAAAGCUUCUCUACCUUUGAAGAUGAUGGCUAUGCCUCUUUCUCCAUGACAACUGACUUAGAAACAAUUACCCAGGAGCUUGCUAGCCGGGGCUCUCAACAAUCUGAAGUUCAGCUUAGGUAUUUGUUACAAGUAAUGUUAGAAGCAGGAUGUCUUGACUGGUCACUGCUGAUAUCUAUUCUCUUACGUGAUGCCAUGGCUGUAGUUCGUGUUGUCAAUGCUGUCAAACAGCCCGAGUUAUCCCAAGGAAUAGCUCAACAACUUAUGGAUGGCCUUGGGUCACUACAGCAUUGGAUAGAAACAGAAUGUAUUGGAUAUAAACCUUUCAUGCUAGCUCUUCGAAACCAGAUCAAAGCUCUAACAAAGCUAGCAAAUCAGAAACCCCAAGUCUUGAAGCUACAUAGCCCUAUUGGUCAAGAAUUACAAGAUUCAUGGGUUAUUGAAGAAGAAGAUUCUGUCUCAAGUUCUUCAGUAACAACAUCUUAUUCAGAAAAGACUAAUAAAAAGACAACUGAUUCCAAAGAAGAAAAACAAGACACAGUUGCAAUAAAAGAUUUGACUUGCAAAAGUAAAGAACAUGUACAAGAACCAAAAAUAGCUGAAGGGCGUAAGAAUGAAUGUGCUAUUUCUUAGUGGGUAAACAAAUUUAGAAGUUGUAUGAAACCCAAUACUGUGAUCUGAAUAUUUUUAGUAUUUGUAAAGCAUGCUAUACUACGAGCAUCCGAUCCAAGUUACUUUUGAUUGUUAGGAAGCCAUUCAGGUGGUUUUCUUUAAACAUAGUGUUCAUCAUGUACUAGUUUUAUUCACUACAUGGACAUCAACAAAGUCAUGGUUUUAAAUGGAUAAUGCACUUAAACAUUUAAAAACCUUCACUGCACUUAUAGGAAUUUUAGACAUCUUCAUCCAAUCCUUUUGCAUCAGUUUGUUUUGUGACAAUACAAUGAUGUAAGAUGAUGUUUGGUGACAAAUGUUACUUAUUAAUUGUAUUAUACAUCAGAGGAGGUACAAGGCAGCAGUAAUGGAAAGAAAAAGGUCUUAUUGGAAAACAUUUCAAUUAUUGUUAUUACUUUUUAACCAUUUUUGAUGGUUUUAAAGAUAUUUUUAUCUUCAGCUUAUCCCAUAGUUUCACACUUUCAGAAAGGAGUUUAUCAAUGUAUAUAUGUGAACUCAAUUCUUUUAGUUGUCUCUUCUCUUUCCUGAAACACCUAAGAUUAUCAUAGUCAGUGAAAAUACUAGGGUAAGGCAUUUUUUGUACAUUUUCAAAUAAAUUGUUUUGUAACAAACUAAAUUUUAAUCAUUGAAAAACCAAGUAUUUACAAAAGAAACAAUUUUAUAUUGAAGGAAUAAACCAAGUGAAAGAGUUAAAUAUUGUAUGUAGGAUUGAAAAUAAAAACCUGCAUCGCUGUAUACUGAAUAGACCAGAAACAAACUCAUGUUUAAAUAUAUUUUCAGUGGAUACCCACGGGCAGCUUGUUAUUAAAAAUGUUGACAAAGUUUUCUGUAAAUACAUGUAAAAGUUACUGCAAGUACACUGUUCUUGAUCUUCAACUAUAUUAUUAAACAUUAGCAGCAAUGCAGAAUCAUUUUUCUGUUUAUUAUCAGGAAAAGAAUUACAUAUUGCAAUGAACAGUACUAUUUAAAACCACUCUCACAAUAAUGUACAAAUAAGAGGCUGGAACAAACUGUAUAUAAAUACUCAAGGUUAUAAAUAAAUGAGCUUGUGUUUAUCAAACUUUUCUUCUCCUGCCAACAUGCUGUUGUAAUUGAAUAUCUUAAAAGAUCACUUUGUAUAAUUAAAAGAAAAAUGCAGAGGAACUAAACUUGAUAGAGCCUACUUGCUUUGUAUGGCAAGAGAAAUUAAUUUCUUUAAAUAAUACAAAGCGUGUAUGUAUUAGUUUUGAUAACUCUUUUUGUAAUUAUGCCUCUUUGAUAAAUGUUUUAAAGAUGCUCAAUGAAAACUUUGGUUGUAGUGAUUUUUUUUUUUUUAAAGAGUGAUUGUUUGGCUCAAUUGAGAAUAGGUCUUGGUUGGUAAAUUAUUUGGUGAAACUUUUGUGCUGUGACAUGUUAAAACAUAAUUAGGGUAAAUGGUUACAACUUUAUAAUUAUGCAUAAUUCUUAACUCUCAGCUUGAAUAUAAAGAACCAUUUAAAUAUUCUUUAAAUUUAAAGUUUUUUUGGAACAGAAUAAGUACAUAGGUUGAUUAUUUUUUUCUUUCAGUUGUAUGUAGAAUGUGAAAUUCUUAGGAGUGGUGUAGAUACAAUUGUAGUAAUAUGUGAAUUUAAAGGAAAAUAUUUUUGUACUUGACAUUUAGUUAAUACACUGGGAACCAUAUUUUCAAUUAUUUGUUUUAAUGAAUGAAUUUUCUUUUCAAGAAACAUAAUAUUGUCAGAACUUGGAAAAAUGAGGUUCCUAUAUCUGUUGAAAGAAAUGUAAAAUGCUACAUCUUAAACCAGUGUAUGUUGUUUGUAUUGUAUACUGUGUUAUUGUAUAAUAUGUUAAAUUUGACUGGAUAGAUUUAGUUUAUCCUUGGUCCAAGUAGUUAUAAGAAUGUUUAUUAUCUUGUCCUAUUUCUUAAAAAAAUUGUCAAAUACAGUAUAAAUGUAUCUACAGUAAAGUAGUAUACUUAUCUUAGAACAUAAAUUUAUCUUAACAGAAAAUAACACAUUGUAAGUGUAGUGGGUAUUUCACCAAAAAUUAUUCUGGAUUCUUUGAAACCUUCAUUCCUCUAUUUUGAAACCAUUGGGGCCAACUUUGUUGUUCAUAUAUAUUUAAAGGGUAGUGGUGGUGGUUAUUAUAACUUUGAAAAGAAACAUACUGUGUAUAUUGUAGAUUUUAACAUUAUAUUGUUUUGUUGCAUUUUUAAACAUGUAGAACAUAUAAUGCAAAGCUCAGACCUUAAAGAUAAUAAAGUUAUUCAAAUAGUGGUUUCAUUGUCUAUCACAUGAAAUUAUUAACUAUGUAAUAUGGUUUUAAAAUCAUGCCUGUAAUUUUCAAGAUUUUCUAACUUAUUAAAAGUUUGUGUAA